AUGAGUGGAAGUGGAAUUAAUGUGGAAGAAAAUCUUAAUAGGUUGGAUGAAUUUCACAUUUCUGCUCAUUUACAUGUUAAGCCGGCACGUGUCUUGAUUUCGCAUGGCACGCUGGUCGAUAUUUUCUCUGUAGACGAAGCAGAUCCGAGUAUGGAGAUUAGGAGGCAGAUGCUGGAGCCGUAUCUAAGAAGAGUCGGCUUCUAUUAUGCGUCUCUGAUAAAGCGUUUUGAGUACGACAACCCAAUGAUUAGCGCUCUUGUGGAGAGAUGGCGUCCUGAGACCCAUACAUUCCACCUCCCAUGGGGUGAGUGUACUAUCACUUUGGAGGAUGUUGCCAUGCAAGUGGGGUUACCAAUCGACGGUGAACCAGUCAGCGGUACUCUGAGGUCAUGGAGUAAGUUCCACCAGAGAGAUAUUUGGCAAUGGUGUGAGGAACUCCUUGGAGAAGUUCCUGACGGACAUGUUGGGACCACGAAGUAUAACAUAAAACUGAAGUGGCUCAGGAGUAGACUGCAACAGAUGCCUCUUGACUCUCCCGAGGAGGCUCUCGUACGGUAUGCACGUUGUUACAUUAUGUAUUUAUUGGGUGGCGUUUUACUUCCUGACAAAGCGAACAACAUGGUUCACGUACGUUAUCUUCCUCUCCUGGCAAACUAUGAAGCCAUUAGUACAUAUAGUUGGGGUAGUGCCGUGCUCUGUUGGUUGUAUAGAGGCAUGUGCCUAGCGACUGAUUAUAACAUCGAGGGAAUGUCUGGUUGUCAUACACUGUUGAUGUCUUGGAUAUACUUCAGGCUUCCUUUCUGGGCACCAGCGUGA